AUGGGCAUGGAUACGGAACGGACUAGACAUGUAACGGAUCGCAUGGGCGGAUUCUGGAAGACGGUGUGCCCUCAAGGGCGCGAAACAGCAUGCAUCUUCGCCAGCGUUGGUUAUCAGGUAAUCAUUAUUGCCAUCUAUUGGAUCCCCCUGACGCCAUUGCCACGGCCCAUCACGUCCUCUGGGGCGCCAUCGACUAGCUCAAAAAACGUGGCUCCUCCGGAGAUGUUAGAGCAACAACUAUUUCUUAGUCAAUAUGAACCGACUUGUUGGUUCUGGCAGCGCAAGCCUUUGCCUCCGUCACCGCGCUUAGUCGACCCAGGCCUUCACGAUAAGCGUCUUUGGUGUUCUGACAAGUUUACCACAUUCUCGGCUCGGCGAAAAAAUCUCCUCUCCUACUUUCUCGGUACGAUGACAGACAGGGUGCCCAUUAUUGAGACUUAUCAGAUGGACUGUCAAAUUUUCAUCCCUUCCACCACCUUGUGCACCUUGUGGUUUGCUCCGUCAAUACUCGUUGAUUCUUCUAGAGCUCUUCUCUCCUCGGCAGCAAUCUGUGUUACCUACUCCCACCUCAACCGAGACGCAAGGGGUAAAGGAUUCCAGAGAAAGCCAUGGAUUCCCGCCGUGUCGCUCAACACCAAAAUAGGCGGAUGCUCUCGGCGCCACCAUGAAGCUGCUGAAUCCGGCUUGAGCCCGGUCAGGCACACCUCUCAACAAGCUGCGGGACGGAUGUGGGAACGUGCGUGGCUGCAAACGCUGAACCGCAACAUUCCAGAGCUCCUCAUCCAGCCCGCAAACUGGAUACUCACGGGAACAUCUCACUCAACCCUAGACAAAGGUGUUCAGUCCCGAGCUAGGAAUAGACCGGGUCUCAUUCCAACUCUCGCUUCACCCGGUAUAACCAACACCUUCGCUGUCGUUUCAGUCACUCAACUCCUAGUCAAGUCACUCGACAUCACCUCAACCGUCAACAUGAAGUUCACAGCUGCCAUCAUCGCCUUCGCUGGCCUCGCCGCCGCCCAGUCUCUGGCGGACGUCCCUACUUGUGCCCAGAAGUGCUUGGCCGACGCCGUCACCUCCAACGGGAAGUGCACUGUUGGUGACAUUUCCUGCCUCUGCAGCGGUGCCAACUACCAGGCUAUCGUCGCCGCCGGUACUCCCUGCGUCCUCGCUAGCUGCGGUGCCGACGUUGCCGUCAACCAGGUCCUCCCCGCCGCUAGCAAGAUCUGCGCCGCCGUCGCUGGAGGCGGUGGCCCUGCUUCCGCCGCCUCCUCGGUCGUCGCUUCGGCCUCUGCCGCUGCAUCUUCCGUCGUUGCCUCAGCCUCCGCUGCCGUCUCCUCCAUUGCCUCUGCUGCCACCAGCAAGGCUGCUUCCGCCGCCUCUUCCGUCGCUUCAAGUGCUUCCCGCGCCGUCACGAGCGCUGCCUCGUCCGCCGCCGCUGGCACUACUCGCACUGCUGUUGUCACGAGCGCCACUACAACUCGCAACGGGACCUCCACUGCCACUGCUACCGCUACCCCCGUCACCGUCAACGGUGCUGCUACUCAGGGUCCCGUUGGCCUCCUGGCUGCUCUCGCUCUUGGUGCUCUUGCCUACUUGUAA